UUAGUUUUCGCUGGUCCGGCAACUCUUGUCAUCUGAUUUUCGGCUUUUGGCUCAGCGUGUUUCGUUUGUGCCGAUUUUUUGAUUUAAUUCGCCCAAUAAGUAAUACCAGUGUUUAACCGAGAGACGCGAUGGCUUCGAUUAGCUUGUUGAACCCCAAGGCCGAGUUCGCCCGCGCCGCCCAGGCCCUGGCCAUCAACAUCAGUGCGGCCAAGGGCCUGCAGGAUGUGAUGCGCACCAAUUUGGGACCCAAGGGCACAGUGAAGAUGUUGGUCUCCGGCGCCGGCGACAUCAAGAUCACCAAGGACGGCAACGUGCUGCUCCACGAGAUGCAGAUCCAGCACCCCACCGCCUCCAUGAUCGCCAGGGCCAGCACUGCCCAGGAUGACUCCACUGGCGACGGGACCACCACCACGGUGAUGCUCAUCGGCGAGCUGCUCAAGCAGGCGGACAUCUAUCUGUCCGAGGGCCUGCAUCCGCGCAUCAUGACCGAGGGCUUCGAGAAGGCCCGCGACAAGGCGCUGGAGGUGCUCGACCAGGUCAAGGUGCCCGUGGAGAUCAACAAGAAGAGCCUGGUGGAGGUGGCCAACACGAGCCUGAAGACCAAGGUGCAUCCCGCCCUGGCCGAUCUGCUCACCGACGUUUGCGUGGACGCCGUGCUGACCAUUGCCAGUGCGGACAAGUCCAAGCCCGUGGAUCUGCACAUGGUGGAGCUGAUGGAGAUGCAGCACAAGACGGACACCGAUACGCAGCUGGUGCGCGGCCUGGUCAUGGACCACGGUGCCCGCCAUCCGGACAUGCCCAAGCGCCUGGAGAACGCCUACAUCCUGACGGCCAACGUGUCGCUGGAGUACGAGAAGGCCGAGGUCAACUCGGGCUUCUUCUACAAGACCGCCGAGGAGCGCGAGGCCUUUGUGCGCGCCGAGCGCGACUUCAUUGACCAGCGCGUGAAGAAGGUCAUCGAGCUGAAGCGCUCUGUGUGCGAUGGCACCGACAAGAGCUUCGUGCUGAUCAACCAGAAGGGCAUCGACCCCAUCUCCCUGGACGCUUUGGCCAAGGAGGGCAUUCUGGCCCUGCGUCGCGCCAAGCGGCGCAACAUGGAGCGUUUGGCCUUGGCCUGCGGCGGCACAGCCAUGAACUCCUUCGACGACCUGCAGGAGGAGCACCUGGGCUACGCCGGCGUGGUCUACGAGCAUGUGCUGGGCGAGAACAAGUACACCUUCGUGGAGGACUGCAAGAAUCCGCUCUCGGUGACGAUUCUGAUUAAGGGUCCCAACAAGCACACGAUCACCCAGAUCAAGGACGCCAUUCGGGACGGUCUAAGGGCCAUUAACAACACCAUUGCGGACAAGGCUCUGGUGCCCGGAGCUGGGGCCUUUGAGGUGCGCGCCUACAACGAGCUGGUCGCCUUCAAGGAGACCAUCAAGGGCAAGUCCCGCCUGGCCGUGCAGGCCUUUGCCGAUGCCCUGCUGGUCAUCCCCAAGACGCUGGCCGUCAACAGCGGCUACGAUGCCCAGGACACCAUCGUCAAGCUGACCGUCGAGGAUCGCCUCAGUCCCGAACUGGUCGGCCUCGACCUCGCCACCGGCGAGCCCAUGAAGCCCGUCGAUCUGGGCGUCUACGACAACUACAUCGUCAAGAAGCAGAUCCUCAACUCGUGCUCGAUCAUCGCCAGCAACCUGCUCCUUGUCGACGAGGUCAUGCGUGCGGGCAUGACGAGCCUCAAGGGUUAGACCUUGUUUCACCCGAUUCAUUCGCUAUAACCAAGUUAAUGCACCCGCGUCUCCUAAAACACCACAACUGGAAGAAACACACUCGGAAUAGUUGCGGCUGCGAGUAUUCACAAACAAAUCUAAAAUCAUACACAGCCCUAUAAUUAUCGCUAAUGUAUUUUCUAUUUUUAUUGCCACUAAUGUUUACUUACUACAAACCAUUGGUUUAAAAAUAAAAACUAAAAUCGAAACUUAA